ACGGUCCACGGCAUCCCACACCAGUCCCCAUUUGUUCAGCCUGCUCCCCUCGCGGAGGUGAGGUCUCUCCGCCCCGCCCGCCGACAAAACCCUAGCCGGCCGCCGCCACCAUGGACGCCGCCGGAGGGGGAGGAGAAGAAGUGUUUGUCAACUACGCCCAAAUCGAGGAGUACUUCAACAAUAUGGCACUGGAGGGUCUGUCCGCGCAGGAGCGCAUGGAUGGCAUCGUCUCCCAAAUCAUCUCCCUCCUCCCCGCGCCCUUCGUCCCCGCGCCCGACGACGACGACUCCGACGACGACCACUUCUCCCUCACCUCCUCCGACUCCGAGGACACCGCCGCCGACGCCGCCGCCGCCGACCGGCCCGCCGUGCAGGAUGGCGACGGCCAGGACCACAUCAGCCGCCUCCCGGACGACCUGCUCUCCAACAUCAUCUCCCGCCUCCCUACCAAGGAAGCCGCGCGCACCACGGUGCUCUCCACCCGCUGGCGCUGCGUGUGGGCGGCGACCCCGCUCCUCGUCGACGACGCCCACCUCAGGGCCGCCGACGGGCCCCGCCAUUUCCACGCCGUGCGCGCCGUCUCGCGCUGCGUGGCCGCUCACCCGGGCCCCGUCCGUGCCGUGCGCUUCACCCGCACCUCCUUCUACCGGCAGGAGUACGCGCUCGAGCGCCUGAUCGCCAGCCUCGCCGCCAAGAAGAUCCAGGACCUCAUCCUCUUCAACCGCCCCUGGCCGCUCGACAUGCCGCUCCCCGACAGCAUCCUCGGCUGUGCCUCCCUCACCCGCCUCUACAUCGGCGUCUGGCGCUGGCGCUUCCCGGACACCACCGCCCUCCGGCCAGCCUUCCCCAACCUCGAAGAGCUCGGCCUUUUCCACUCCAUCAUCGAGGACAGGGAAGUCGACGCCUUGCUCGCGCACUGCCCCAAGCUGAAAAUCCUCUCCUUUGCCAUCGCGUACAUUAGCAGUUCAAUCCUCCGCAUCAAGUCCAGCAGCCUCCGCGCCGUGAUGGAAUGGGGAUGCAGCUUCGAUGAAAUCAUUGUCGAGGAUGCCCCCUGCCUGGAGCGCCUGCUCCUCCAAAGCAUUUUCGACCGGAGGCCCGUCAAGAUUGCCCACGCCCCUAGGCUGGAGGUGCUCGGCUACUUGGACCUUCAACUCCACGCUCUCGAGAUUGGUGGUGUUGUCAUCAGGGCUGGGAUGAAUGUGAGAGCUAGCGCCAUGCUGCCAAGUUUGAAGAUAUUAGCUGUCAAGGUGCGACUUUCACACAACAUGGAGGUCAAGAUGCUGCACACCCUGCUCAGAUGCUUUCCUCGCCUCGAGACACUUCACAUCAUGUCCAUUCAAUCCACUUCACCUGAUGGUGUACAUUCUGCUGAGUUCUGGGAGUCUCAGAGCUCUUGCGAUUGCCUCGAAUCACAUCUGAAGACGCUCGUCCUCCACGGAUUCCAGGGCCUGAACUGUGAGUUGUUGUUCCUCGGUUACAUCUUGAAGAAUGGGAAGGUGCUUAAGACGCUGGGAAUGGUUUGUAGAGACAGUGAUGACGUGGUAUCGGAGGCAGGCCGGAUGUCAUGUUCUGUUGGCGAGGGCGAUGCGCCAUCAGGUGGAAGUAGUGGCAGUGAUGAUGUGGUAGUGGAGGGAGGCCCUGUCUCAGGUUCUGCUGGUGAGGGCAAUGUGUCAUCAGGUGGAAGCACUGGCAGCCAUGAUGUGGUGAUGGAGGGAGGUCCCGUGUCAGGUUCCGUUAGUGAGGGCGAUGCUCCAUCAGGCGGAGGCACUGGCAGUGAUGUUAUUUACGUUUGCCCGGCCUCCCCUAGCUGGAGCUUUCAGAACGCCAUUGACUUGUCAGUGGAGGAUCCCUUCUGUGUGUUGAGGCGUGCCAGGGCCUGGAGGGCUUCUCGAGCUGAGGCAUGAGUAGUUUUUGUUUUUCAUGCUGGUGGUAUUUCGCAUCUGACAUGUUUACUUUGAGCUGCUAAGGGUUUGGUUGUUUACUUAUUAGUUCUGCACUUCUGCAUAAUUUUGCGGUGAACUGAGAAGGUAGAAUGAGGCCGUGAUGGUCUGGAAGCUAGUUUUACUAGUAUGUUGCACUCCUUUUUGAGUUCUCUACCGGGAAGACUAAUGUGAUUCUGAGAUGUGGAAGUACCCUGGCUGAAAAUUGUUUUGGCCUUUUGUCUUGUAAACGUACCCUACUAUCAGAUGCACAAUCUAUGUCUACUGAUGUUGUUUCA